AUGGAAGAAAGCACUGUUACUUGGGCCAUCGUCGAUUUCUUCCUCCUGAUCAUAAAUUUCGUACUGAUAGAAGAAGUUUUGAUGGUCAUGAGGAACAUAGAGUGCAACCAAAGACACUUUCUGGUUUUGAUGUGUUGGAACAGCUAUGGGGUGCUCAGUUUCCCCCCAUUUGGGAAGGAUAAUAUUGACAAGGAUGGGGGGAAGAGAAAAAGGGGGUUACAAAAGCCAGAGCUCCCAUUUAACUGGAAGAAGAAGAGUAUAUUUUUUGAUUUGCCAUAUUGGAAAAAUAAUGUUGUUCGUCAUAAUUUAGACGUGAUGCAUAUUGAGAAGAAUGUUUGUGAUAGUAUCAUUGGGACAUUGUUAGGUAUGAAAGAUAAGACGAAGGAUCACGUGAAUGCACGUCUAGAUUUAAAAGAUAUGAAAAUCCGUGUUGAUCUUCAUCCAAAGAUUAUUGAAGGUAGGGAUAAAGUCAUUUUACCUCCAGCAUACUACACAUUGUCCAAUGAGGACAAGGAGGUGUUUUGCACAAUAUUAAGUGGUGUGAAGGUUCCAGACGGCUAUGCUAGUAAUAUCUCACGUAAUGUGCAAGUCAAGGAGAGGAUAAUAUCGGGAAUGAAGAGCCAUGAUUGUCAUAUUAUGAUGCAACAACUUCUUCCAGUUUCCUUUCGUAGUGUUUUGCCCAAGAAUGUUGGUAAAGUAUUGAUUGAGAUAUGUGAGUUCUUUCGAGAUUUAUGUAGUAAAGUUGGUUCAGAGGAGGAUUUCAAGAGGCUUAAUCAAAGUAUUGCUGUCUCAAUGUGUAACCUUGAAAGGUAUUUUCCACCUGGAUUUUUUGAUGUUAUGGUGCAUUUGAUAGUUCAUUUAGCCAGCGAGGCGAGCUUGGCUGGUCCUGUACAUUACCGUUGGAUGUAUCCAAUAGAAAGGUUCCUCAAACAACUUAAAGACUAUGUUCGCAACAAUAGUCGGCCAGAGGGCUCGAUAGCUGAAGGAUAUAUUGCGGAAGAGUGUAUAAUAAUUUGUUCUAGAUACUUUGAAGGUGUUGAAACGAGGUUGAAUCGGCCAUCCAGAAAUGAUGUUUCAUUGGAUGUAGAAGACCCACAUUCUAUAUUCUCAAGCAUAGGUCGGCCCCUAGGGAAAUGUGAACUGUUGCAUCUCGAAAUGAGAGAAAGGAAUCAAGCACAUCGGUGUGUGCUAGUCCAUUACAAAGGAAUAAAUGAAUACCAACAACUCCACCUGAAAGAAAUCAAAAGGCAGUUAGGUCGUAACUCUCGUCCCAAGAAGGUUAUGGAUUUGCAUGAUAAGGACUUUCCAAAAUGGUUUAAUGAGCAUAUAUUGAAACUCCGGCAAAAUGGGAUUGAGGUGCUCGAGCACAUCAAAUGUCUUGCUAGGGGUCCUAACUCUAAGGCAAGAAGUUAUAUGGGAUACAUUAUUAAUGGGAUCAGAUUUCAUAGUAAGGUGCAUGAGAUUAAUAGAAAAACUCAGAAUAGUGGGGUCCUAAUAACUGCAUUGACUAAUAGCUUUUCAAGUCAGAAGGACAAGCAUCCUAUUGAGGGACAUGUUACUUAUUAUGGUAUUCUGAAACAAGUGAUAGAAUUAGAAUACUCAGUGGAUCUUAAAUGGUCAAAAUGUGAAUGA